UUACUAUAAACUUUAAUGUUUCUAAAAAUGGAUUUAAAUAUUUUAUAUUUUAUUUUAUUUCUUUAAAAUAAUUCAACUCUAUGUUUAUGAUGAGUUACCUAUGUUAUCUCAAUCUAGUUUUGUAUUACUGAAAUAAUCAUUUAACAUUCAAUUUUCUUUGAGUGUUUUUCAUUAUGGAAAGCGACAGUGUUUUGAGUACUAAUGGAGGAGGGUUGUUGUUGAGAUACGCAAGCCAGAAUUCAUUGGAUGAGAGUUCUCAAAAACAAUUACCAAGAUCAGGAAGACGAGAGCGAACACCAUAUAGAAAUAGUUCUCACACAGUUCGUGCAUUUGAAGCUUUACAAUCUUUACGCAAAGAUGAAGUUCUAUGUGACAUUAAAUUAGAAACAGAUGAUGGUACAAUUGUUUAUGGUCAUAAAGUUGUUUUAGUGUCAUGUAGUCCAUAUUUUCAUGCAAUGUUCACUAGUUUUGAAGAAAGCAAUAAAGAUCAUGUUAUAAUAAGAGAAUUAGAUUCUACUGCUUUAAAACUUUUAGUAGAUUUUAUUUAUACUGCUCAAAUUAUGGUUACAGAAGAAAAUGUUCAGGUCUUAUUGCCUGCUGCAAAUCUCUUACAGUUGCAAGAUGUACAAGAUGCUUGUUGUGACUUUUUACAAACUCAAUUACAUCCAACAAAUUGUCUUGGUAUCAAAGCAUUUGCUGAUUUACAUGGUUGUAUGGAAUUGUUGUCAAGCUCUGAAUCAUAUAUUCAACAACAUUUUUCAGAAGUGGUUGAGGGUGACGAGUUCCUAUCUUUAACAUCUGAGCAAGUAGUUAAGUUGAUCUCUAGUGAUGAACUUACUGUACCGUCUGAAGAGAAAGUAUUUGAAUGUGUUGUUUGUUGGGUGAAUCAUGAGUCUAGUUGUAGAAAAGAAAUUUUACCAAAACUAAUGGAACAUGUGCGUUUGCCACUAGCAUCAAAAGAAUAUUUAUUAAAAAGAGUAGAAGAGGAACCUCUUCUUAAAAAUAGUCUGGAGUGUAAAGAUUAUAUAAUUGAAGCAUUAAAUUUUCAUUUACUUAAGUCUGAGCAGCCUGGAACUAUUCCAAAAACGAUUCGUACUAAGCCUAGGCAACCUGUUGGCUUACCUAAAAUAAUUCUGGUUGUUGGUGGGCAAGCUCCUAAAGCAAUUCGUAGUGUAGAAUGGUAUGAUCCAGCAACUAAUCGAUGGCAGUCUGGACCAGAAAUGAGUACUCGUCGUUGUAGAGCUGGUCUUGCAGUAUUAAAAGAUUGUCGUGUAUUUGCUGUGGGUGGUUUUAAUGGAUCAUUAAGAGUUCGUACAGUUGAUAUGCUUGAUUUAUCUUCGCCAUCACCAUGUUGGGUACCAACAGUUGCUAUGUUAGCCAGACGAGGGACUUUAGGAGUUGCUGUGUUAGAUAAUUGUGUUUAUGCUGUUGGUGGAUUUGAUGGUACUAGUGGUUUAAAUAGUGCUGAAGUUUUUAAUUGUAGUACCCAAGAAUGGCGAAUGAUUUCAAAUAUGUCUACCAGGAGGAGUAGUGUUGGUGUAGGAGUACUCAAUAAUCUUCUAUAUGCAGUUGGUGGUUAUGAUGGAUUAUCAAGACAAUGUUUAAAAUCUGUUGAAUGUUAUCAUCCGAGUACCGAUACUUGGACUCCAAUUGCAGAAAUGAGUGUACGUCGAAGUGGUGCCGGCGUAGGAAUCUUGGAUGGUGUAAUGUAUGCUGUUGGUGGUCAUGAUGGACCAGAAGUUCGAAAUAGUGUUGAAGCUUAUAGACCAAGUGCUGGAGUUUGGACUUCAAUAGCUGAUAUGCAUAUGUGUCGAAGAAAUGCUGGAGUUGUUGCAUUAGAUGGAUUAUUGUAUGUAGUGGGUGGUGAUGAUGGGGCUUCUAAUUUGGCUUCUGUAGAAAUCUACAACCCUAACACUAAUACUUGGUCUAUGUUAACAACAUCAAUGAAUAUUGGACGAAGUUAUGCUGGAGUGGUAGUAAUUGAUAAGCCUCCACAUUUUGAUACUUAA